GAUCGCGCGCCGCGACGGCGAGGGUAGUUACGAUUGAAAGGCUACGGCUCUCCUCUCUGCGCGAUAAAUCCAAAAUCCGGAGAGAGGAGGAGGAGGUGGAUUCUGUCGUUUUGGCAAUUUCUUCUUCUUCUUCUCUCUCUCUCUCUCUCCCUUCCGAUCUCUGUUGGACGCCGGGGAGAGAGAUAUUUCAGCUAUUCCGAUAGCUUUCUCGCUAUCAUCUCCCACCGCCUUCUCGGAAUUUGAGUUUGAACAAGCAAAAACGAUUGUUAGGGGUUUUGUUGCUCUCGGAAACGGCCAUGAAUGUCAUGCGUCGCCUCAAGAGCAUUGCCUCCGGCCGCUCCUCCGUUUCCGAUCCUGUUGGGGAUUCUAGUAUUAAAAGAGCAAAGGUUGACAAAGAAGUAGAUCAGAACGUUAUUGGCCAACCACAUUCCUCUGAUAGAUGUGCUACUGCCUUAGAGAGAAAUGUGGCUUCCACAUCUAUGGAAACUGCUGCAAGUGCAAGCUCAUCUCGUGCAGGAAAACCUGCUUAUGAUGAACUCCCAAAAGAGAUGCGCGAAAUGAAAAUCAGGGAUGACAAAGCUGAUAGCAAUGAUGAUAAACAUAUAGAGACCACAUUUAUUAAAGGGAAUGGAACAGAAGCUGGUCAGAUAAUUACCACUACUGUAGGCGGUCUACAUGGGCAGCAGAAAGAAACUAUCUCAUACAUGGCAGAGCGUGUGGUUGGUACUGGUUCAUUCGGCGUAGUCUUUCAGGCCAAGUGCCUGGAAACUGGUGAAAGUGUUGCCAUAAAGAAGGUGUUGCAGGAUAAGAGAUACAAGAAUAGAGAACUCCAGAUUAUGCGCUUACUAGACCAUCCUAAUGUUGUUAAACUAAAGCACUGUUUCUUCUCAACUACUGAAAAAGAUGAGGUGUACCUUAAUCUUGUUUUAGAAUAUGUAGCUGAAACUGUCUACCGAGUGUCAAGGCAAUAUAGCCGGAUAAACCAACAUGUGCCCAUCAUUUAUGUACAACUGUAUACCUACCAGAUAUGCCGUGCUCUUAAUUACAUUCACAAUGUUGUUGGUGUAUGCCACCGUGAUAUUAAACCACAAAAUCUAUUGGUUAAUUCCCACACGCAUCAGCUAAAGUUGUGCGAUUUUGGGAGCGCAAAGAUGUUGGUGCCAGGUGAACCCAACAUAUCAUAUAUUUGUUCACGGUAUUAUAGGGCUCCUGAACUGAUAUUUGGGGCUACAGAAUACACAAAUGCAAUUGAUAUGUGGUCUGUUGGCUGUGUUUUGGCUGAGCUACUUUUGGGCAAGCCUCUAUUUCCAGGAGAAAGUGGGGUUGAUCAGCUGGUGGAAAUUAUUAAGAUAUUGGGAACACCAACUAGAGAGGAAAUAAAGUGCAUGAAUCCUAAUUACAAUGAAUUCAAGUUUCCUCAGAUCAAAGCUCACCCAUGGCGCAAGGUGUUUGUCAAACAAAUGCCACGUGAAGCAGUGGAUCUGGUCUCAAGGCUGCUCCAGUAUUCUCCACAUCUACGUUGCACUGCUUUGGAGGCAUGUGCGCACCCUUUCUUUGAUGAUCUGAGGGAACCGAAUGCAUCUUUGCCAAAUGGCCGGCCACUACCUCCCUUGUUUAAUUUCACAGCUCAAGAGCUAGCUCGCACACCUGUUCAACUGCGCCAACGCCUUAUUCCUGAGCACGCAAAGAAAUAGGUCGAAGUAGUAGUGGCGGUGGCAGUGUUAGCAUCUUGUAGGCAGAAAAUCUCAGUUUUCCCGCACGAGGCAUGCUCUGCUCUGCUGUAGCACCUAGCAAGUAAGACUGUCUGAGCCCCGAUAUGAAAUGACUGCCUUUCAAACUGCGUUCGGUUGCUUGCUUGUUAAUGCACUCUUUCACAAAGAAUUAAUGCUGCCCAGUACAACAUGCAGAGAGUGGAAGCUGCUGCUUUGGACCUUGAGGUUCGCAUACGUUUACUUGUAUCUCUUCCCUAUCAUCACACCAACAAAAAUGUGUCCUAUUAGAUGGAUUAGCAUAUACUCUCUACUGUUCUCUUGAUGUUAUCAGCAAAAAGGCCACAGACAAAAAUAGAAAAAGAAGAACAAGGUUAAUUUGCUUGCAUUUUCCAGUUUUUGCUGCUUCUGUUGGUGUGGAUUAAUGGAUCAUUGAUAGUUCAAAAUUGU